GUAGAUCCGUGGUGAAUGUCUGUUGAAUAUCCAACCUAAAACUAACUUCACCGCGAUGGCAUAACGUUGGUCCGGAAAGGACGGAACACCUAAAGCAAAACUCCCAGCGUAACUCUGUUUCUAUAUAGCCCCGUAACUCCAGCAGAGAGCUGUGUCAGGGGGGGAAAGGGAGGCAACCAGCGGCGGACGGAAGAGGACGCACCACAGCCAGAGCGCAUAGUGUUGUGUUUGUUGGACGCAUGCAUGCCAGCGAAAACUAGUGCUAUCCAGACCUAAAGAACUGUUUGGAAUGAGGAGUCCGUGCCUUGUGUGUGGUAGCUUUUAACAAUCCCACCGAAGACAUCAAACGAGUUUCUUUCAUCGCUCCGGGGAUUUUCAACUUCUUUGCUCCGGGGGAAUGCGAAGGGAGGAAAUCCAGCCUCAGCUCCAAAUAACCAGAGACUCUUAACUGGGUCUCCUCUCCAAACUCAGGAAAUACGGCCUGGGAAAAAGUUUGAGAGCUUUUGGAAACAAGAGGGGGGCCAUCGCUGACGUUUUACACGCGUUUUACGGCGUGAUUUCAAAGCACCACUUCUUCGGUAAAGGCUACUGCAAUCCUACAUCAAGUUUCUGAAAAGUAGUCAAAUGUAAACUCAGUGGGUGUUGUUAUUGCAGGAGUUUUGAUCAUCACUAUUUAUAGACCAGCCUGCUCCGACCGAGGCUGUUCCUCAUAGCUGUAUAUUUUGCCAACUGCGCGCAACAAGUUGCAGACACUCCCAGCAGAGGCAAACCUACACUAAUUUGGGCCAGCGGAUGGUAUUUUCUGCGCUUCUCUUUUUGGAUUACUCGUCACUGAAUAGCACAUACCCCUCCCCAACCACCUCUCUGGAAGUUGAGGGGGGGAUAACCGGUGGAGAUCCGGAGAGGGAGUUCAGGAAAGGACGGGGCUGGAUCCGUGGGAAUAGGCCUGGCUGUCAGGCCUCCUAUGAUCUGGAUCUUGGACUGGACAGGGCUCCAAAAUAACUCAGUCUGGAAUAUUUUCAAGGAUCCGUUGGGAUUAUGAUUGAAGAAGAAUGUUUGGGGGGAAGAAAUGCAAAUCCUUACACACUGAGCCAUGCAUGAGAGGGCUAGUAUUGGAAGGUAAAGCUGCAUUAAUUACAGAUCAUCCACCUUUUUAAUUAACAAAGUGUGCCAACAUGUUUUUACUCACUGUUCAUUAUAAUCAAGAUAGAAUAAUGUAUGCAAAACGGGACAGUUUUUCAGCAUUGUAACUUUAUGUAACCAGUUUUAUGCUUCACCUGCCAGAAGGGAAUUUUUAAAGACACAUUAUUUUGUCACUUCUAGCUUUUCAUUGUGACAGUAUUUUUACGUUUUACGGACGAGAGGGAGGGCAAAAGAGCCAUUUGUUGCGCAUGUUCUGGAGAUAAGAGGGACAGUGUAACUUUUGCAGCCACUUGCUGUGCACAACUGUUGACAGCCUGAAUCUGGACCUCCUCAAACGAUGAAGCCCUGGACCUGAGCGCCGCUUUUUACGUAAUGAAGACAAUUCUGGGCAUUUUCCUGCUUCGACUUUGUAAUGUCAGCAGUAUCGAUAUUGCGCACAUCCAGAUGAGGUAAUUUCCAGUCAUGUAACGUCAGGAAUGGCUUGAUGAAAGCAUAGUAAAAAAAACCGUUGCAUCACAACGUUGUCCUUUCCGAGAAGGAUGUUCAAUUCAGGAGGCAGAAAGAGUGAUGACAGUGUUUUUGCCGCAGCUGGGGAGAAAGUCGGGCUCAAACCCAGAGCCUUUUUGGAGAAGGAUACAUGUAAUGUGAGUACUGACGCAAACCCGGGCUCGGAUAAUGAACUGCUCAAGAAACUGGAACGGCGCGUCUUGUGUGAGUGAGUGUGCAGACUGUUGUGUGCGUAGCAAAGACGUCUGUGCCGUGCUCACCAUACAUGCUGUGUGAUUAUUCCAACAAACACCUUUGCUCUCUGUCUGUCUCUCUCCUCCCCUCCCUCCUCGUGCCACAUGUGCACACGCGGCGCCCACGCACUCAGUCAGGUUGCCUGAGCGCCAUGACAAGAUAUUAUUAAUAUUUAACACACCCUCGUUUCUCGUCACACAACUCAAUAUGGCCACUCUGCAACAUCACCGGCAGCUUCUCAUGCAUGGCACGGAAGUGAGCUGCGACUCCAGCGGUGAUGGCGCCGUGACCGUGCGGAUUACCAACAGCCCGCCACACGUGCAUCAACAUGAGCAGCUGAGGGCUGUCAGCAGCGGAGCAGGCGGAGGAACUGGAGGAUUUGGCGCUGUGAGUAAAAUGAACCCUAACCUCCACAAAUACAGCAUCUCCUCCAGCUGCAGCUCAGCAGACUCCAGACCGGUGCUGACCUCCACUUCCAGGGUGCAGAGGGAAGCACCGCCCCUUUUUGAACGCUCUGCUGCCCAGUUCUGGGACCCCAAGUUUGACUCUGCCAUCCUAGAGGAAGCGUGCCAAGAGCGGUGCUUUCCUCAGACGCAGCGGCGUUUCCGUUAUGUCCUUUUUUACCUGGCUGUGUCAGCUGUACUGUGGGGGGUUUACUUUGGGGUUAACAGUGACCGCUGUGACCCCGUGGCCUUCAUAGCCCCCACAGCCUCCUUUUUAGUUGUUCUCGUGCUCCUCUUUUUGUUCACCUUCACCCAGCCCUACACAUGGUUAUACAACCAGACCUCCUUGCUCCUAAUCGCCAUCACUUUUGCAAUCACUUUAGCUCCACAGAUACAGACUGCUGGUUUCACUGAGCUGGAGUGGAGCGGUGGUGGGAAUGCCUCGUAUCUCUCAUCAGACAAAGCAGCACCACAUCACACUCCAUGCAUCUCUCCUGUGGGCACCUUUUCCCUGUGCAUGGAGGUACUGUUGUUGCUUUACAGUGUUCUCCAUGUCCGCCUUUAUGCCUCUAUUUUGCUGGGGUUCCUGUAUUCUAUAUUAUUUGAGGCAUUAGAGUGGCUACCGUUACUUCAGAAGAGUUAUGACACGACCAGAUGGGGGACAGGGUUAGUGGGUUCAGGGUCUGAUUGGGAAGGAGACACCCUCCGCUGGCUGGGCCCGGCUAAAACUCUGCUUCACCUGUGUGCCCACGCCAUAGGCAUUCACCUGUUCAUUAUGUCAGAAGUGCGUUCUCGCAGCACCUUCCUCAAAGUGGGCCAGGCUAUCAUGCAUGGAAAGGACUUGGAGGUGGAGAAGGCCUUGAAGGAGCGAAUGAUUCAUUCAGUCAUGCCAAGAAGAGUUGCAGAUGAGUUGAUGAAGCAAGGUGAUGAUGAAGGUGUUGGCGAGAACUCUGGCAAGCGUUAUUCCUCUGGUGCCUGCUCUGCCUCAGCUGUCUCAGUGGGUGGCGGAGGAGGCGGUGGAGCUUCUCAAGUCCAAAGUGCCACAAACCCCAACAAUCAUCGUCACAGCAAUCACAAACGGAAAAAGACCUCCAUUCCCCGCGGACAAAUCAUCUUCCGGCCUUUUAAUAUGAAGCGCAUGGAGCCUGUCAGUAUUCUCUUUGCAGACAUUGUGGGUUUUACAAAAAUGUCCGCUAAUAAGUCAGCCCCAGCCUUGGUGGGCCUACUGAAUGACCUGUUUGGACGUUUCGACCGACUUUGCGAACUAACCGGCUGUGAGAAGAUAAGCACUCUGGGAGAUUGCUACUACUGUGUAGCUGGCUGCCCCGAGCCUCGGCUGGACCAUGCCAACUGCUGCGUCGAGAUGGGCUUGGGGAUGAUCCAGGCCAUCGAGCAGUUCUGCCAGGAGACAUGUGAAACUGUCAGCAUGCGAGUGGGCGUCCAUACUGGCACUGUCCUGUGUGGGAUCCUGGGAAUGAAGCGCUUCAAGUUUGAUGUGUGGUCAAAUGAUGUCAAUCUGGCUAACUUGAUGGAGCAGCUUGGAGUGGCGGGCAAAGUCCACCUGUCAGAAGCUACCGUGCGGUUCCUGGAUGACCAUUACCAGAGGGAGGAUGGCCGAGUGGCAGAGCGAGCUGGGCAGAACGUGGUGGAGAAACUCAAAGGGCUGAAAACUUACCUGAUCUCUGGCAGAAAGUUGGAGCAUGAUGUGCAGUGUGGCUGUUCACACGUGGGACUGUCAGCAGGUGUUGGCCUGUCCUCCUGUCACAAGCCCCACACCCCAGACCUCAUCCCUGGAGGAGCACAGGCUGCUGACCCUCUGCUAUCCCACCAACAGUCAGACAGGAUAGGGCCUUCCUGUGUGGCUCGCUCUGUGGUCUUGUCUUCAGGGACAGAGCACGGUGACGAUGUGGCUGUGCUGAACGGCUGCCAGGAGGAGCACAAGUUGAGCAGUGCAAAGUUCAUCCCAGGUCACAGUCCCAGAGCAGCCAACGGUCUCCUGAAUCCCCCUCUGGAGGACCCGGUGCGGGCCAGCCAGAGCUCUUUGUGCGACAUGCUCCAGGAGAAAGAAAAAAAGACAAGCACCAGCACAGGAACCGGCACCAGUCUUGGCAUGGCUGGCGGUACUGGGGCAGCGGGCACAGGGAUGGAUCACUCGGCCCUAAUCCAGCUGAGGGCCAAGAACUUCAGAGAGAAAAGUGACGUCCACUUUGUGGAUGUUAUUAGGGAGGACAGUCUUAUGAAGGAUUACUUUUUCAAGCCACCAAUCAACAAAAUCAGCCUCAAUUUCCAUGAGAGACCCCUGGAAAAGGCUUACCGCAGCAGCUACAAGGAGGAGGUGAAGAACCAGGUUCAGAUGCAGACAUUUGCAAGCUCCACUUUCAGCUCCUUCUUAGACGUCCUCCUCAGCUGUUUUGUCUUUCUCGCUCUGACUCUGGCCUGCUUUCUCCCUCCCCUGGUGAGCCCAGCCACCGCGGGUCCUACGGCUCUUGCUGCUGUGGCUCUCACUCCACUGGCCGGCUUGUUUGAGCUGGCUUCCCUGGUGCUGUCCAUACGUAUGGCCUUCUAUCUGGAGGAGGUAAUGAACUGCACCCGCUCCCUGCUCCUGGUGGUCUCUGGAUGGGUCCCACGUCAUGUGAUUGGGGCUGUGUUGGUCUCCCUCCCUGCCAUCUCUGUGUUGUCCCACCUCAUGUGCAGCUGUAACUUGCCUCUCCAGGUGACCAUGUUUUUGUGCUGUGCUACCAUCCUGGCCAUUAUUCAGUACUGCAACUUCAUUCAGCUCAGCUUCUGGAUGCGUUCGGUCCUGGCCACUGCUACAGGUGUCGCCCUGUUGCUGAUGUUGUACAGCUCCUUGCACAGCUCCAAUCAGAACAACCUGGCAGCUCAUGGACUGAACAUCUCCACAUCUGGUGAUGAAAGUUCGACAUCAGUCGUCCCUGCCUCUGACUCUCCACCCCAACCUCUCGAUCUUCUGGUCCCAGAGGUCGUCUUGGCCUUUUUCCUUCUUCUUCUCCUCGUCUGGUUCCUCAACCGUGAGUUUGAGGUCAGCUACCGACUACAUUACCAUGGCAACGUAGAGGCUGACAAACACCGUUCAAAAAUCCAGACAAUGCGAGACCAGGCUGAGUGGUUACUGGGCAACAUCAUCCCCAUCCAUGUCGCUGACCAACUCAAGGUGACCCAGAGCUACUCCAAGAAUCACGACAGCGUGGGUGUGAUCUUUGCCAGCAUCGUAAACUUCAGUGAGUUCUAUGAAGAGAGCUACGAGGGUGGGAAAGAGUGCUACCGUGUCCUAAAUGAGCUGAUUGGAGACUUUGAUGAGCUCCUGCGCAAACCUGAAUUCAAAAGCGUGGAAAAAAUCAAGACAAUUGGAGCAACUUAUAUGGCAGCGUCUGGUCUAAAUGUCCGACAGAUGGCGGAGAAUGACGACGAAUCUCCACACGCUCACCUUACGGCACUGUUCAACUUUGCCCUGGAGAUGAUGGGCGUCCUUGAUGACUUUAACAAGAACAUGCUGGGGUUUGGGUUCAAGUUGCGAAUUGGAUUUAACCAUGGACCGCUUACAGCAGGUGUGAUUGGCACCACGAAGCUGCUCUAUGACAUCUGGGGAGACACAGUUAAUAUUGCGAGCCGCAUGGACUCCACUGGCGUGGAGUGUCGGGUGCAGGUGAGCGAAGAAAGCCACGCUGUGUUGAGCAGCAUGGGCUUAGAGUUUGACUAUAGAGGUACAGUGAAUGUGAAAGGCAAGGGUCAAAUGAGGACCUUUCUGUACCCCAAAUGUGGGGAAAGCAUAAGUCAAGAUGAAGCAGUCCAGGGCGCUAGUGUCGCAUCUUCAUUUGUGGUUGGUAAGACUUCAGGAUCUGUUGCCCAGACAGCAGCUCCUCUUCCCUCUUCUUCCACUCCUCCUCUUCCUCCUUCCUCUGUUUCCUCACUCCCUCCCCCCCCACAGAGCGCUGAGCUUGAGCCUCAGUCCACAGAGAUAAAGGAGGAAGGAUAUAGGGACGCUCCCCUCCUCCCUGACACAGACCUUCUUGUCCCUCCCUGCUCUGAACUCGGCCCAGAGCCCAGAGCUGCACCUGCACAUCUGCCCUCUCAGGUGCAGCCAGCUCCUCUCGCACUCCAGGAGGGGGAGGAUGAGGAGGAGGCCAAUGAGCUAACAAAACUCAAUGAGGAGUUUUAUGCUCGUCUCUGAUCUCCUCUGUUGUCUGCUGCCUCUUCACAAAUGACUGCAGGUGUGGGCAGAGGGUCCUUUCCUUUAGAGUGAAGUGACCUCGGCAUGGAUGAAGAAGGAGGACUUUGUCACUCCAAAACAAACAGUGUCUUCUUAAGUCAAUCAGAGAAAUGUAGCCUGAGUGAUGGGCGGUUUGGACCUGAAAAGAGUUCAGAGAGAAGACAUGUUGUCAGCUUUGUCCUUGGUGUUUUUUCUCAAUCAUUUUUGUUAUUAAGUGCCUUCAGGACUAGAAAAGUAAAUGAACAAACAUGAACACUGAACAAAUUUUUAUCAAUCUUAGUCUACACAACAUGCUGUGGUUUUCUUAUGCCAUGCUUUUACUUUCAAUGCAAGAAUUUCUUUAAGAAAAAAAAAUACAUUAUUUUUGUGGCAUAUCAUUUGUUGUAACUUGAUCAAAGUUGUGAUCUUACUUAAGGGAAAAUUAUUUUAGAUUCUAUAUAAGUGCCAGUGCUGAAAAAUGGGCCGAGCAGGGAACUAUGGGAAGAAUGAGGGAAUCACACGAAGCAGUGUUAAUGCAUGUAUUCUGCUUUAACAUGAGGGCUUAAUACAGUAUUCAUCUGUGCACGAGUCUCGGUAAAAGGGGACAAGAAGCUACAAAGCCGACUGCAUAGAUUUUAGUUUGUGUAGCAGCUAAAUGCACAUUUAAGCACAGGUCUUGCACAGUGUUUUCCUGACCACUUGUAUUUGGUAAUUAUUACAGUGAAAUUACUUUUGAGAAACCCUAUCUGUCACAAAAAGUACAAUCAAAGCACAAAGUUGGAUCACAUGAGGGAAUUGAGGUUUAAUAGAAGAGUUUGAUGUAAAAAUUUAGAUUAACACAGAAGCUGGCGGGCACUUUAAAUAUACAUGAAGUGAAGUUUCACCAAAGAAUUCUUUUAAACACUCCUCCCUUGUACACUGGAAAAAACUCAAACCAUAGCCAGAGUAGUUAUCUUAUAAGAACAACUGGAUGCCACAGUGACUCAAAAGUCCAGACAAUUAUCUUAUUUUCAAAUAUAGAAUACAAAAAUAAGCCCUUCAUUGCUUAUAAAUAAAAAACUGACAAUACUUACCAAGUGUCUUGCAAUUAGUGACCACAUUUCCUUUCAAAACACUAUCACUAAACACAAGUGAUAUUUUUAAUUAUUAGAAGCAAUUUACGACUUAUUUUUCGCUUUUUUAUAACUUUAACUAAGAUGUUUAUCUGGACUUGUGAGGUUAAUAUGGCUACUAUGAGUGUAAUGAGAUAUUUUGACCUGUAAUUAGAGAAUUACUUUGCAAUGAUUUGAGUUUUUGCAGUGUCGACAUGAUAAGAUGGAUGUAAAAAGGCUGGGGCUUGAUCUUAAAUUGAGCAAAGUGAUAGUUAGAUUGAACCACUCUAUAUGACCAAAAGUUGCUGUCAGAGAAAUUAAUUUGGCUCCUUAACUGUGAAUGCAUUCAGGUUCAAUCACAGAGUUCACAGCAUACAAGGUAUGGCUAUCCAAAAAAACAAGACUAAUGUUUUAAUAUAAAUUUAUUUAACAUAAACAUUUUCAGCUCUUUCAACUUCAAUAUAUUCCCCUUUUGCACCAACACUGCAUUCGGAUCUUUCACUAAUCAAAGAGGUACAGUAGGCCAUCUUUGCAUUCUUUUCUUAAAGAGGGGGUAUUAUACUUUUCCGAUUUUUAAAACAUAAACAUAAAGUCACAAUGUUGGGUGUCCAUACUUCACGUAUGCAAAUUUUCAAACCGCAAGAUAAACGUAUGUGGCAGUUA